AUGGAGGUGUUCCCUCUCUCACCUGAGUUUGAAUGCGAUGAUCCUUUCGAAACUACCGUUGGACCCGUCGACAUCGAAGCGAGUGACGAUGAGUGUCUGACUUUGGCUGAUCGGAAAGUCAAAGAGAUAACCGCGGCCGAGCGUCAGACUUUUGCCCAACUGAUGGACGAAUUCGCCAAAGGAUUCGAUCCCGACUCUCUCACUCGAGAGAUCAUGGCUACGCUACCAUUGCUGGGGGACGAUCUGUUCCCUGGCUCGUUCGCUCAUCUCUUGAUCCUCCUUCUUCAGACCGACGGCAAGAUCGAAACCGUCCAAGUAAAUCUAGUUCGGUGGCUGCGUGCUCGUUAUCCCAUUAUGUUCUGUGAGCCGACAGAGACUCAACUGGUUGACGAGACGUUCUUCAUGUCCGAGAUUGAGAUGCUGAGACGGCUGUUAUCGACUUUGCGUGGUGACGAUGACAAGGCCAUAUACUGGAUCAGCUGCAGGCCCUUUGAAAUUGGCAAGUCCUGCAAUUCUCUUGAAGCGUCCAUCAGGGUGAUUCGAGCGUUCGAGAGGGACAUGAAGUCUGCAAUAGAGGAGGUUGACGAGGAAAGACACUUCUAUAUCGAUCUUCCCGUCGGCACUGAGCGCACUCAGCUGACAAGCAUGAGGGCGCAGCGGUGCGACAGCUCUCAAGCGACCAUUGGAUGGAACAAUUAUCUGGAAUCUGAAAUUGAGCUCACAAAGUUCCACCAGUAUUUCAAACACCAUGCCAUGGAGCAUGACCAUGAUAAGGCUCGUGGAUUUGGAUGGCUGCCACCAGAACAUAUCAAGGUUCCUCGCUCGUCCGCUAUCGAUGUUGAUCUUGUCGAUGUAUCUGAUUGGUCUCUGAACGAUCACCAGAAAAAAGUCAUGAGUCUGCUGUUCAAGGUUGCUCAGUGGCUUGGUCUAGCGAGAGGACAUGCACCCCUCCAUCUCUUUUGUGACGUUGCUCGUAACUUUACCAUCCAUAAGCCCUCCAAGAAACCCAGGAUCAGUUACAUCCUCUUUAUGCAGAAACUUUCCGAGAUCAGACUGUGCCCCAGUUCGAUUAAAUCCCAGGUCCCGACCCCAUUUCCCUACGACGACAAGAUCUACGCGGACCGCAACCCGAACUUCUUCGUUGACCUCUUCAGAUCUUCCAAGAAUUUGGUGUUGUGCCAGAUCGAGAUGACCUCUUUUCUGAAGAAGAAAACCGACAAGAAGAAGCCGGGCGAUUCCAACCACGGCACCUCUGGUCGCCAAUCUUCCCCGGGCAUGAAGAUUCGGAUGGUCACUCAAUUCCCCGAAAUCCAUGGAUCUCUCGCUGGUGCUUGGGAGGGCAGUCACAUGCAGAACAUGGCGAAGAAGACCGCCCCCCUGGCUAUUCCUUCUGCAAGCCUUCCUGCUGAGGAAACAACUCUUGACCACCCUGCUUCCCCCGAGGAAGAGCGAAUGGUUUACCGCUUUGCAGGUUACGCACGUUCGAUCUAG